GGGACGAGAUCGAAACCAGCUUUGCUGAGCGCCGGGGGUCGCCAAGAGUGGGGGACACGGCUCGGCCCCGAGCGCGGCCUGCCCCCGACUCUCCCGGGAGGGGCUCCACCGCCGGGUGCGGGAGGGUUUGCGGGUCCCCUCGCCCGGGACCUGUGCGGCCCCCACCUCCGUCGCAGUUCCCCAGGGUGGCGCUCGGAGCCUCCCGCCCCCUCCGCCGACUGCGACGCUUUUAACUACUUUUAACUCCAAAUCUGCGCGUUUCUCAUCCAGGCUGAGCUGGGAUCCCCGGGUCCUCGAAGUCCGAGCUGGGUGCUGUCUCUCUGCUCUGGACCAUGUCGUGUUUUUCCCCGGUGGUCCCCAAACAGGAAGUUCUCCCCAGAGACGACGUGGGCCCGGCCGGGGUGUUGACACUCAGGGCUGGCAGAGGGCAGCAGGCCUCCGCUGAGCGACCCCCCCACACACAGCGUCCAGCCUCGCAGACGCGUGGGGGCCGGUGAUCGAGCGGGGGCUGGGCUUCCCCCCUCCCCCCCACACACACCCUUUCCAACUCCGGGUGGGGAGAGGCCCCCGAGACAGAUCUGACCCGAACCUUACUGACUCUUGGCGGUUAUUCCUUUGCCUGGAAAAAAUAACGUAUCUGUGAUUUCUGGACUUUUGAACUGAACGCAACAGUUCGCAUUUUCAGCCGCGGGCGGGGGGUGGGGAUUGAUUUGCAAAGUUCAUCGUAGUAUGUGUAACUGACAGGCCUUUACUAAAGGAUGCCAACGUGAGGAUAACUGACAUUGAACUCGGUUUUAAAUCACCUUCCUCUCUGUGAUCAGGUUUGACUCCACUAAGCAUUUGGGAAGUAGUAGCCAGUCGGAGGGUGAUUUUACUGGCGUAAAAUUCCUCAGGCUCAGUUCCUUCCCCAGGUUAGAAAGAACUUAGGCGAUCUGGUUCUCUGAUGGAAAAUGAAGAGCUAUCACUGUUUCUAAUCUCAGCUGAAGGGGACUUUCCACACACAUGUUUACACAGUCUCAGAACAACGCUUGGAGGGCAGGUCGGAUGUGUGCCCACGUUUUACAGACAUCGGAAUGAGGCAUGACCUGCUCCUGGGUAAUUUUGUUCCACGUCACCCCGGGCUCUUGAAGCAGCACCUGCAUCUCCACAGCUGUGAUUCUUAAAUUUCACACCGCAGUAAAGACUGAAUACUAAAUUUGAUGUGGAACAGAAAUAUUCGUUGUUCACACUUAUAAAGGGAGUAAUGGAGCGUGAAUUGCUCUGUUCUAGACCCAGGGAGAUAGCAGGGAUCCAAGCCCUUGCCCUCUGGUAUUUUGCAUUUUAGAGGCAAGAUGACAAUAAACUAACAAACAAAAGGACACAGAGCCCCAGGUAGCAGCAGGAGCUGUGAAGAUGGGUGAGGAGGGGAGGCUGGGGCUGGCUCCUCUCAGGCUGAAGGAAGUGGGGAUGAGCCUUUUGGAAGCACCGCUUCCCAGUUGAGCUGAGUGGACCCCACAGGUUGAGUUGAAGCAGAGACUGCAACCUUAGGGAAACUGACACUUUCUGUUGUGGGGACUGUUCUGUGCAUUGUAGGAUGUCCUUUACUCACUGGAUGUUAGUAGCAACUCCCCAGUUCUGACCGUCAGAAGUGUCUCCAGACAUUGAUGAGGGAGUCACAGUGUCCCAAUUAGGAGUGGCUGGGGUGCAGGAGAAGCAGCGACCAGAGGUGGAGACUCGCCGGGGGCUCAGCCCCCCGCCACAGGCAAGGUCUCCUCGGACCUCACAGCUGCCGUGUGGGUUCUAGCCAAGGAAGGACACCAUUAGCUAUAGGUCUGGCCGCUCUGUGGGAGGCAGGGGUGAAGGAAGUCACAGUUAGAGCUGGGGAGCAGCAAGAGAGCUGUUGCUGGGUUGCAGGGGGAGAUGGCAGCCGGGCCUGGGGCUAGCCGAGGAGGCCGUGAGCAGCAGGUGCUUUCUGGAUGUCUUUAGAAGGAGGUUGCCGAAGGAUCUAGGCACUGUGUGAGAGAAAGAGAAAAGUCAAAGGCGACUCUGUGAUUUAAAAUUAUUUUAGAUGUGUCAGUGGCCUGAGCCGUGGGGUGAUGGGUGAUGCCAUUUCUGAGAUGGUGAAGGCAGAAGAGCGAGCGGCUUGGGGGAAAUCAAGAGUUAGACUGAAGUUGGAUUUUUCCAAUUAGUUAUCCAACCAGUGGUGUCCUGUUGGCAGUUGGGUGUAAGAAUCUGGAGUUCAGGGCCAGAGAUAAACAGCAAGGAGUUAUCAUCGAUUCAUCUAACAAGGAUGUACCGAGCCCCGAGUACAUGCCAGGCGCUGUUCUAGGUAUUAGGCGUUCAUCCCUGAGUCCCUCUUUCCACAGCGGAAGGAAGGGAAACUCUCUCUUGCCCUUCCUGGGUCUUCUUCCAUGUUUGCUCUGAAAGUAUCCUAGUGAUGCAUAGCAGAUCUGCCAGCAGUUCACAGCAAACACUUACACAGGAAAGAGUUUAGAUGGGAAUUAUGAAAAAACAAAUAAACAAACAAACAACAACCCAGCAGUGAAUUCCUCUACACGUGGAUCUAAUUCCCUGUGAGCGCCCUGAGCUCGGCUGCCCCAGCUAGAGACCCUUUGGGAUCUUAGAGAGUUGGUGGGCUGCAGGGGAGAUUGCCCUAAAUGUUGGAAUGGGGCAGAGGCUGGGAGCUCCAAGAGGGUGGUGGCAGCCCCCCCGGGGAGGGGAGAGCACCCAGGCUGUGGUGGGGGGCGGAGAGGCCCUGCAGCUCACGUGUGGUGGGUGGGCCCAGACGGAGAAGAGGUGCGGCCCUGCUGCCUCCCAGCCCCUUUCGCAGUCCACAGAGAUGUCCUCUUGCCUUCUCCCCAGGAUCCCAUUCUCUGCGCUACCUCUUCAUGGGCGCCUCAGUGCCGGAUCUUGGGCUGCCCCUGUUUGAGGCCUUGGGCUACGUGGACGACCAGCUGUUCGUGUCCUACAGUCACGAGAGUCGCCGUGCAGAGCCCCGCACCCAGUGGGUCCAGGGUGGGGCCACCAGCCAGCUGUGGCUGCAGCUGAGUCAGAGCCUGAAAGGCUGGGAUCACAUGUUCAUUGUGGACUUCUGGACCAUCAUAGACAAUCACAACCACAGCAAGGUAACGAAGCUCGGGGUGCUGUCAGAGUCCCACACCCUGCAAGUGAUCCUGGGCUGUGAGGUACAAGAGGACAACAGCACCAGGGGGUUCUGGAAGUAUGGGUACGACGGGCAGAACCAUCUGGAAUUCUGCCCCGAGACGCUGGACUGGAGAGCAGCAGAGCCCAUGGCCCAGGCCACCAAGUUGGAAUGGGAAGUGAACAAGAUCCGGGCCAAACAGAACAGGGCCUUCCUGGAGAGGGACUGCCCUGAGCAGCUGCAACGCUUGCUGGAGCUGGGGAGAGGGGUCCUGGACCGGCGAGUGCCCCCUCUGGUGAAGGUGACUCAGCGUGUGGCCUCGGCUGUGAGCACCCUGCGGUGUCAGGCCCUUAACUUCUACCCCCAGAACAUCACCAUGAAGUGGCUGAAGGACGGGCAGCCACUGGAUGCCACGGACGUUGAGCCGAAGGAUGUGCUGCCCAACGGGGAUGGGACCUACCAGGGCUGGGCGGCGUUGGCCGUGGCCCCCGGGGAAGAGCAGAGAUACACCUGCCAAGUGGAGCACCCCGGCCUGGAUCAGCCCCUCACUGCCGCCUGGGAGGCCCCAGUGUCUGGCACCCUGGUCAUUGGAGUCAUCAGUGGGAUCGCUGUUUGCAUCAUCCUCCUUUUUACUGGAAUUCUGUUCAGAAUCUUAAGGAAAAGACGGGCUUCAAGAGGAGCCAUGGGGGACUACGUCUUGGCCGAAUGUAAGUGACGGACAGCCUGCAGACCCCUUGUGGGGAGGAGACGUGGAGACUCAAAGAGAGGGCGCCGCUGUGGCCCUCUUGGUGUUCCAGAGCAGGACUGGACUGAACGGACGGGAACUGCACCAGCAAGUCUCUGCUUGAGUCCUGCCUUCUUCAUUUUUGGAAAGUUCCUCCCAUUUCAGUUUUUGAGUUCCCGCGUGCCAGAGAGCCCCAGCGCUGGCCUCGGGGCAGAACAGCCUCCUUGAAUCACCAGCUGCCUCUAGGGCCUGCCUUCGCUUCUGCAUCACUUCCCACUCCGCGUGCCCACGUCAUCACAUCUCCUACCUCGGGAAUAGCGCUCCUGAAAUCUGGGGGACUCAUGGUUCCUUUCAACAUCUGAGAAAAACAAUGAACUUUCUCCUUGGGACAUAACACUCUCAUGCCCUUACCAGAAUUUUGCACAUACAUUCAGGCAUUUCUUAGGCCCAUCCGAGUUUCCUUUUGGUCCCCUCUCUCUCUGUUGUCCAGUAAUUCACCUGUCACUGCCCCUCUGGUCUCUUCCAUCAGAGGGUGAAGUGGGUCAGUGUACAGCGGCAAAGGCCGUGCACUGCACAACCCAAGGAGGCACCUUUCCAAGAAGAGCCAUUGUGGAUGCCUCUGUUUAUUUAUGAUAGUUUUCCAGGAAGGGGGUGGGAAAUGUCUUGAAGAGGGUAUCUUUUUCUAUUUGGCAGCAAGUUGUCACAGAUCCACACAGACUCACGAUUUACAUUAAAGCAUUCCUAGUGCCUC